AUGGCAAGCACUUUCAUUCGAAUGAACACAUACGAUUCGGAUAACACCGUCUUCUCGCCUCAGGGAAGACUGCACCAGGUCGAGUAUGCGCUCGAGGCCGUCAAGCAAGGCUCUGCGGCCGUAGGACUGAGAUCAAAGACUCAUGCUGUUCUUCUCGCGCUCAAGCGUUCGACGGGCGAGUUGGCAUCGUAUCAGCAAAAGAUGUUCCGGAUAGAUGAUCAUGUUGGUAUUGCCAUCGCGGGCCUCACAUCAGAUGCGCGCGUUUUGAGCAACUUUAUGCGACAGCAAGCAAUGUCCUCACGAAUGAUCUUCAACAGACCGUCUCCAGUGAACAGACUGGUCUCUGCUAUCGCAGAUAAGGCCCAGGUCAACACACAAGAAUACGGAAGACGGCCGUAUGGUGUGGGAUUUCUGGUCAUUGGACAGGACGAGACUGGGCCACACCUCUACGAGUUUUCACCAUCAGGAACUGCGUAUGAAUACUUUGCCAUGUCGAUCGGAGCUCGCUCCCAGAGUGCAAAGACGUAUUUGGAGAGGCAUUAUGAAGAGUUUAUGGACUGCACCGUCGAGAAACUCAUCACACACGGUCUACAUGCUCUACGUGAGACACUUCAACAAGACAAGGAGUUGACAAUCCUCAACACAUCGAUUGGCAUCGUCGGUCCUCCGGCUGGUUCCGAAUCGUACGUCAAAGCCGGUGGUGCCUUUAGGAUUCUCGAAGGCGAGCCGAUACAAGUGUUCUUGGACACCAUGACUCCAAAAGAAAGUGUUGCACCAGCCAUUGUAGAACCCGACUCAGAAGACGAAGGCGGCGAUGGAGAUGUACAGAUGAGCGAUGCGUAG